AAUGCAAUAUAUUGUUCACCCAAUGCUACACUAUAUCAGAAUGUCAUCAACACAUUGUUGUGUGUGUUACAUUACCAAGCACUCAUUCACUCCUUAAUAUUCGCAUGAUUCAUUCACAGGAAUUAUUGCAUUGAGUUGGUAGUGUAGGGAUAAGCAGAAUAAUUUAAGGCCUUCAAAUCGUGCUAUCCAACCGGAGCUAAUUAAGUAGGCAGCAGAACUGGAGGAGGAGGGCGAGAUGGUGGUGAAUUGUUAAAGGUCGUGAUAAAAGUAGCAUGGAGCCCGAACAAGUAUCUUUUUUGCACAUACCUGGUCACUAUUUUUUGCCAUACUGAUUAUCCUCACCUAUUAACAUGGAUCUUUUUUCGUAUUUAAUAGGCUUAUUUGCGAAGAAGUUGAUCAUCCACUUUUUAUGCACGUGAGAAAGCUGAGACCACUAAUAAAAUGAUAGCUUUCAUUUUUGCACAGUCUCAGAAAUUUAUUAUAUUCUUUAGUUAAUACACAGAUGUAGUCGUACAUAUUUAUUUUAUUUUAUGAGGGAGUGGUGGUCCUUACGCCGAGUAGUGUGUUGAUUUUAGUUAGUGUAUAUUUUAUUUAUUAAUACUUGAAGCCAAAUUUAAGUGUUUGUUAAAACAAGUGGAAUUAUGGCUGUGGUGGUUCGUAACGGUUAUAAGAAUUUAGGAGCUAAUAUAGUCAUCGACAAUCUUAACAUGACUAUUGAUCCUGGCUUAAUAUACGGAUUAAUGGGUGCCAGCGGGUGUGGAAAGACGACACUAUUAUCGUGCAUGGUGGGACUAAAAGAGCUAGAUUCUGGAGAAAUAUCCGUCUUUGGCUCGAGACCAGGUCAACGAGGAAGCGGCGUGCCUGGUCGUUUAGUGGGGUAUAUGCCACAGGAGAUCGCCCUUUAUUAUCAGUUUACCAUAUUUGAAACAUUCGCCUACUACGGAAAGAUUUAUGGAAUGACUUCGAAAGAAAUUAAAAAGAGAACACAAUUCUUAGUUGAUUUCCUGCAACUUCCCAACACGUCGAAACGUAUGGAAACUCUGAGUGGUGGGGAAGAACGCCGUGUUUCACUCGCAGUAGCACUUAUCCAUUCCCCACGCCUUCUUGUACUCGACGAACCAACUGUAGGACUAGAUCCCUUGUUACGACAAAGUAUUUGGGACCACAUGGGCGACCUUGUUAGAAGCGAGGAUAAGACAACUAUACUCAUUACGACGCAUUACUAUGACGAAGCUAAAUUUUGCGACGUGGUCGGUAUCAUGCGACGAGGCUAUCUCCUUGCGGAAGAAAAUCCGCUCAAACUAAUGUCCAUGUACAAUUCCAUCUCUCUGGAAUCCGUUGUUCUCCAACUGUGCAAAGAAGACGAAGAGAAAAAUGGUUCUCAGUGGAAAAUGAGAAACUUAUCUUUAUCAAAUAACAAAUCUAGUAUAAAGUUUGGACACAAAUCCGUUCAUGCAGGACUCGAAUAUUACGAUGAUAUAGCAGGAGUCGAACUGAAAAAUGUGCGACAAGUUGCCGAGAGAAAUAAUGAUUCAAAGUGUGUAAAAAUUAGUAAUAAUUCGGAAAGUCAUGAACCAAGCGAACUUUCCAAGUCGAGAAAGAAUGACUGCAAAGAUUUCGAUAUUAUUUGCUCCUUGGCCAAAAAGAACUUUAUACUUCAGAGACGACAUCCAUUAACUGUUGUGGGACAAAUAUUUCUGCCUCUGCUUCAAACAAUGCUUUACCACCUCGUCGUAGGUAGAGAACCCUUGGGCAUGUCAGUUGCAUAUGUCAGCACGGACUGGAACAGACAUCAAGAAGCUUUGGAAAUGGCAAACAUUUCACAAACUCAUCAAAGACUUAUAGAAUUUUGCAACGAUUAUAACUUAUAUACGAAUGGGACAAUGUCCUGUUUUCGAGAUGGGAUGACGGGAAUUUGCAAUUUUCUUAAUCACUUUGAAAUGGAUGAAAUUAACUGGGUUCCUACUACAUCUUUAUCUGACUCUAUAAACCUUGUCCAACGUGGUGACGCCAUCGCCUAUAUCGAAUUUCCAGCAAAUUUCACCUACUUUCUUUGGAAUAGAAUAGCCUACGGGAAUUACGCCGACAAUGAAACCGUUCAGGGUUCCUCUGUGAAUUUCAGGAUGGAUGUGUCUGAUGCAUUGAGCAGUGGGUGGCUUAGAGAUAGGGUGCUCAACAGGUAUUUGGGAUUUCUAAAUGAGACCGUGACCGGCUGCAGCAAUAACACAGCAAUGGCAUCAGUUCCACUAAAAUACAAUCCAAUCUAUGGAGAUAUGGAAGAUCAGGAUUGGAUUCAGUAUAUCCAACCAUCUCUUAUUAUUAUACUGAUCUUCCUUUCUUCCAACAUGCCGGGAAUGAUGUGGGCGAUGGAGAAGCGUUUAGGAAUAGCGGACAGGGGUGCCGCUGCAGGAAUCAAGUUUGGUCACAUCGUUGCCGCAUCUUUUGCAUCAGACACGGUCGUGAUUUUGGGACAAAUUGCAUUAUUUUUUAUCGUUCUCCCAACUUUUUACGGAAUGAUUAUGGAAGGAUCGUGGACGUUGGCAAUGGCGCUCGUCUUCAUAAAUUCCUUGGCAGGAAUCACAAUGGGCUUUAUGUGGGCGUCAAUAUGCAACCAUGAAAUCGAUGUCAUUAUGCUGCAAAUAUUUUUCAGCUCAAUUAUAACUACAUCCACUGGAGGAAUCUGGCCAUUGGAAGCAGUUGCGAGUUGGUACAAGGCCUUUUGCCUGUGUCUGCCAGUGUCUUCUCCAAUCGCCGCGAUGAGAGCAAUCGUAUUUAAAGGGUGGGGGUUUUGCCAUCCCGUUGUAUUUCAGGGAUUUGCUGUAGCAGUGAUUUGGCUCGUGGGAACGCUGGCGUUAAGUAUUUGGAUGAAUCGACGCAAGAAAUAAUAAGUUUAGUUUUUAUUUAGAACAUGCAUACAUUUGUACUUUUGUAUGCAUUUCUUGACAUGCAAUGGGUCAGUGACUGACGGAUUGCCAGUCAGUCAGUCAAAGGGGUCGCUUUAUUUAUUUGUAAAUUGAAAAGCUGUGUAUACCCGUGUUCGCAAUAUAAAAUUUAAAACUGCGAGAGAAAUAUAGUCAAAUAAAACAAUGCAAAUCAAUCGUGUCAAAAAGUGAAAUAAAAUUUAUUUUUAUUUUUGUUCCGA